CAGGCACGAUCCGCCCCGUCCGGCGCAGCUACUACGACCCAUCGUCGGCGCCCGGCAAGGGAGUCGUCUGGGAGUGGGAGAAUGACAGCGGGACGUGGACGCCCUAUGACAUGGACGUGGGCAUCACCAUCCAGCGUGCCUACGAGAAGCAGCACCCCUGGGUGGACCUGAGCGCCAUCGGCUUCUGCUACGUCAUCGACUUCGCCACCAUGGGGCAGAUCAACCGGCAGACCCAGCGCAAGCGCCGCGUCCGCCGCAGGCUCGACAUGGUCUACCCGCUGGUCUCGGGCACCCUGCCCAAGUCCCAGUCGUGGCCGGCCAGCCCCGGGGCGGCGGCAGCCCCACCGGUCCCCGCCUGCACCUGUCCCCAGUGCCUCCUGGUCAUGAGCGUCAAAGCCACCGUGUCGGCCGCCGGCCCCGGCACCGCCACCCUGCAGCCCCGCAAAGCCCCCGCCCCGCCGCCGACUGCCCCCAAAGCCCCGGCGCCCGCCCCGGGGACCAAGGCGCCCGACGGUGUGGCCGUGGUGCGCGGCUCACUGAAGCCGCUGGCGGCCCAGGGGGGCCGGCGUCAGGCGGCCAGCACGCCCGCCCUCAGCUCGGCCGGCUCCACCGGCAGCCCACCCGGUGCCGGCAGUGGCAAAGCGGCCCGUCCUGGCCUCGGCACCCUGAACCGCAGCCACCUCCAGCGCCUGGCCAUCGCCCAGUCCCGCGUGCUCAUCGCCUCGGGGGUCCCCACUGUCCCUGUGAAGAACCUCACUGGCUCCAGCCCCGUCAACCCAGCACUGGCAGGGAUCACGGGGAUCCUGAUGAGCGCGGCCGGGCUGCCCGUGUGCCUGACACGGCCCCCCAAGCUGGUGCUGCACCCCCCGCCCGUCAGCAAGAGCGAGAUCCAGUCCAUCCCCGGCAUCUCCCACACCUGCCGCAAGACCACCAAGAAACAGGCCAAGAAGGGUAAAACCCCGGAGGAGGUACUGAAAAAGUACCUGCAGAAGGUGCGGCAUCCGCCGGACGAGGACUGCACCAUCUGCAUGGAGCGUCUCUCUGCCCCCUCUGGCUACAAGGGCCCCCAGCCAGCCGUCAAGCCUGACCUCGUGGGGAAGCUGGUCAAGUGUAGCCACGUCUUCCACCUCCACUGCCUGGUGGCCAUGUACAACAACGGCAACAAGGACGGGAGCCUGCAGUGUCCCACCUGCAAAACCAUCUACGGGGUGAAGACGGGGACGCAGCCCCCGGGGAAGAUGGAGUAUCACAUCAUCCCUCACGCGCUGCCCGGCCACGCCGACUGCAAAACCAUCCGCAUCAUCUACAACAUCCCCCCGGGGGUGCAGGGACCGGAGCAUCCAAACCCUGGGAAGAGCUUCACGGCCCGUGGCUUCCCCCGGCACUGCUACCUGCCAGACAGCGAGAAGGGCAGGAAGGUACUGAGGUUGCUGCUGGUAGCCUGGGACCGGCGCCUGAUCUUCGCCAUUGGGACCUCCAGCACCACGGGCGAGUCGGACACGGUGAUCUGGAACGAGAUCCACCACAAGACAGAGUUCGGCUCCAACCUCACUGGCCACGGCUACCCUGACAUCAACUACCUGGACAAUGUCCUGGCCGAGCUGGCGGCCCAGGGCAUCACGGAGGAGAGCCUGGUGCAGGAGAAGGACUGACACCGUGGCAGGGAGGCAAGGAAAGGGUUGCCUGUGCUGGCACCCACCAGGAUAAAGCUGCUGGAGAAACCCGCCUGGGGGCUUUUCGGGGUGCACCCAGAGCCCCCUGCUCCCAGUGACGCCCGCGCGGUGGGAGCAUCCCCAGGCUGGCCGGGAAUGCGGGAGAAGGUCCUUUUGGCCAUCCCCUUCACUCCUGCAGGGCGGGAACAUCCCCACAUGCAGCUGUGGGGCUUCAGGCUGGCGUGACCACCCCUCUGGAUGGUGUGCUAUCCUCGCUGCCACUGUGCUGAGGGCUUGGGGGGUGCCAGGCUCCCCUCUCUCCUCGUCCACACCGGUCCCAGCCUGACCCAACUCCCCUGACACCCACCUGGGGCUGGGACCUGGCCUGGGGUGGGAGCUGGAGCCAUGGGAGUCCCCCUUGCUCUGCCUCGUCCCUCUGACGUUUGUUUGUUUGUUUGUUCUGUCCGGUACCUUCCCUCUGGUCUCCUGUGUCCGUGGAGGUUGGGGGGGCCCUGGGCUGCCCCCCAGCCCUGUGCCCUCUGCUCCUCUUGGCUGUGUCUGAACUGUGCCCUGCAGGGUCCCCUUGUCUGGGCUGCCCCCGCCUCUGGAUGCCAGGGAGGGGCUGGUGGGUGCUAGGAAGUGGAGAGGGGGGGGACAGUGAUGGACAUUUUCUGGCCUGUGUCCCACCCCCACCACAGUGGGUUCCUUGAACUGUUCGUAUGGGGGUGUCCCCGCGUUGAAUUUCUAUAAUACCUCGUAUUUUGGGGUUUUGUCGUAUAUAUGUACAUAUAGGGGGGCGUUUUGGGAGGCAGCCUGAGGCCUGGGAGAACGUGGUGCUGGAGCCAGGCUGGGACUGGGCAUGGUGGUGCUUGGGGUUGGGACAGGGGCUGUGGGGACCCCCAACCCCAACAGGGCUCUGCCCCACAGGAGGGCUGUCACCUGUGGGUCCUCAUGGGGCCAAGGCGCAGGUGGGGCUGAGAACUGUUCCCCUUGCUGUCCCCAGAGAGGCCUUGGAGGGGCUGGUGAGGGACUGGCAUGGGCUGGGGCGUGGGUAGGAGAGUGUGGGUGAUGGGGGGUGGGGGGAGUGUGUUCCAUGGCAUCUUGGGCUCCCUGGGCCUUUGGGUGACCCGGGCUGGUGGAAUGUGUCCCUGUCCAGGGGGUUUGGGAUGAGAUGGUCUGUGAGGUCCCUUCCAGCCCAAACCAGUGUAGGAUUCAUAGGGCCUCUCAGAGCUGCCUGUGCCAGGGUGCUGGUGUGGUCCCCACAGUUUUGAGGGCUACCCCGGGGGCACUGUCCCCACUGCUGGGGUCUGGCUGCCCACGAGACCCCUGGGCUUGGAGAGCAAGAGUGGGGGGCAGCAUCCACCACUGCCCAGGCUACCCCCAGCCCUGUGCUGUUGCCCCCUGGGGGAAGGUGGGGCCUCCCAGCCGGUUUUGUUGCAUUCCCCUCCUGGUUUGCCUGGGGAGGGUCACCUCACCCUCUGUGCUGGGGACGGCGGUGCGGGAGUGGGGCCCAUCCUUCUGUGCAUCGUUCUGUUGUCAUUGCUGUUUUCCCCUCUCCGUGGUCUGGGGGGUCUGUCACCCCCGCUGACCACCCCGUGGAGGGGGGUGGGGGGUCAAUAAAGCGAAUGGCAGGGGACCCUCGUGGUCCCUGCACGGCCUGGCCUCUCUGUUGUCUUCUGUCAGUCGUCUGUGUGGCCAGGCGAGCGAGGGGCACCAUGGGCAGGGCCAGGCACCCCUCGUCCCCCUGAAGCCCCUUUGCACCCAUCCGUCCCCAGCCGUCCUUAGCCUGGGUUGUUAUUUUCUACCUCAAGGGAGAAAACCUCUUUCCCCAGGAACACCCCCCCCCAUUUUUGGGUGGCUCGGCCGCCCAGGGAGCUGCACAGCAGUGUGAUUCCUCCCCCGUGCCAGCCCUGGGUUUUCCCCGGUGCAGACAAACCCUGUCUGGAGCUAUGCAAAACCCUGCCAUGAUCCGGGCAAGGAAGGGAGGGUCCUCACCCCCCACCUACUCCGCGGUUCCAGCCUGGUGGCUUUUAUUGUGACUAAGUCUUUCCACAACAUGACUUUUUUUUUUUCCUUUUUUUAAUGCUCUGUUGACUACACAGUCGGUUGCUGGCUGAAAUAAAACUGCUCCGUGGCUCUGUG